AUAGUCAGACCGGUCUUAUGAAGAGUUGUCUUCCCGGAUAUGGAUUUCCACUACAUCCGGUGAGCAUGGUUUGAAGGUUGCCGGAGUUAUGGCAAACAACAGAGUGAUUCAAUGGAACACAUUUUCUAGAAUUUGGUGGUUAUAUGAUGCUAAUCACCAGUGUGUGUUCAAGUCAGCGAGGGAAAUCGCGAAAUACCUCCAGGGUCAUCACAAACCCAUCUACCAUCCCCUCAGUGAUGUUGGAGACCAUGUUGUUGUAAUCAACACUAAACAUAUCGCCUUGAGAAAUGAAGCAUGGAGGAAGUUCAGAUUCCAUCAUCACACAGGCUAUCCAAAAGGUCAUUCUAUGACAGCUGCCUGGAAACUUCAUGACCUUGAUCCAACACAGAUCUUCCAAAGGACCGUGAAGAGUAACUUACCAUCUAAUCUCCUUCGACCAAACCUGUUAAGGAGGCUUCAUCUGUUUCCAGAGGACGACGUACCAGAAGAUAUCUUAGCCAAUGUGUGUGAUCAGAUCAGACAAGUCCAGGUUAUACCGAAGAGACUUGACCAGCACACAGAAGAGGAGAUCAGAAACUUCCCCAAACUCUUCGACUGGCCAGAAGACUAUAAUCUUGAUCAUUACCAAGGGAAAAAGGAACAAAAUGAGUUAAGAGGAGAGUUACUUGUGAGCUGAGUGAUGACGGAUGUGUGUAACUGUUAUUUUGUGUACAAGGAGUGUGCUAGGUUUUGUGUAAUAAAAUACGUAAAUUCAA